AUGUACUACGACAUGGUCGUCGUCAGGCAAAUGGAGAUGGCCGCCGACAGACUGUACAAGGAGAAGAAGAUUCGUGGUUUCUGCCAUCUGUCCGUUGGUCAGGAGGCCGUUGCCGUCGGUAUCGAGCACGCGAUCCAGAAGACUGACGACGUCAUCACCUCCUACCGCUGCCACGGCUUCGCCUACAUGCGCGGCGGCACUGUCCGCUCCAUCAUCGGCGAGCUUCUCGGUCGCCGUGAGGGUAUCGCCUACGGCAAGGGUGGUUCCAUGCACAUGUUCACCAAGGGCUUCUACGGCGGUAACGGUAUCGUCGGUGCUCAGGUCGCCGUCGGUGCCGGUCUUGCUUUCGCCCAGAAGUACACUGGCGGCAAGAAGGCUUCCAUCAUCCUCUACGGUGAUGGUGCCUCCAACCAGGGUCAGGUCUUUGAGUCUUUCAACAUGGCCAAGCUCUGGAACCUCCCUGCCCUUUUCGGUUGCGAAAACAACAAGUAUGGUAUGGGUACCUCUGCCGCCCGCUCCUCGGCCCUGACCGAAUACUACAAGCGUGGCCAGUACAUCCCCGGUCUCAAGGUCAACGGCAUGGACGUCCUCGCCGUCAAGGCCGCCGUCGCCUACGGUAAGGAGUGGACCAACAACGACAACGGUCCUCUCGUCCUCGAGUACGUCACCUACCGUUAUGGUGGUCACUCCAUGUCCGACCCCGGCACCACCUACCGUACCCGUGAGGAGAUUCAGCGCAUGCGCUCCACCAACGACCCCAUUGCCGGUCUCAAGCAGCACAUUCUCGAGUGGGGUGUCGCUACCGAGGAGGAGCUCAAGGGUCUUGACAAGGAGGCUCGCGCCCACGUCAACGAGGAGGUUGCCGCCGCCGAGGCCAUGGCUCCCCCUGAGGCCAACCAGCAGAUUCUCUUUGAGGAUAUCUACGUCAAGGGUACUGAGCCCGACUUCAUUCGUGGCCGUACCCCUGAUGAGCUUUUCUACUUCAAGAACUAA